UUUGGGCUGUGUUACAUUGUUUACAUUUGUCAACACUGAGAUCAUAUGACUUCCCUGUUGAUAUUUCAGUGCAUACACUAAUUACAGUAUCUUGGUAUAUAUUACUACGACAACGUACUAGUAUAAUAACCAAAUGGAAAGAUCCUUUUGAACAAUCUCAACUAGUAUACUGUAUAUCACAAAUGAUAUUUUAAUGGAUAUGGCGAUAUAUAAUAAAAUGGAAGUAGAUUAAUGAGAGAGAAAUAAAUACAUAGAUGUAUGGGUCCAUUUCUGAGUAAGAUAUCAUAUUGCAAGCCAAUGCUGCUCUACCAGUCAAUCAUGCCCACACAAAAUAAGGCUAAACCUUUGACAGCAGCUGACUUUUCAGCCAGGGUGUUGAUAAUAAUGUAGACCAUUGUUCAUUCAGGCAGGAUGUUGUGGUGAGGUCCAGUUACAUUACAAAGGAGAAGUAGAGCGCUAAAGGAAGUAGGGGAACCAUGGGGUCCUGGGGCCCCGGUCUGUGUGUGGUUUUGUGUUUCUGGGGAACAGUUAGUUGGAACACACUUCACGGUCACAUUGUUGGCCCGUGUACUGUCAAUACUGGCACGGCAUCAUUUAACUGCAGUUGGAGGAAACUGGCCCAUAUUCCAACAGAGAUAUGGAACAAUGCAACCGCACUGGACCUCUCUCAUAACCACCUGAACCUUACUAACCCUCAACACCUCAGACAACUACAGAGGUUGGAUCAGCUGGUUAACCUAAAUCUCUCAGGAAACUACCUCCCUCUGCUGGAGAAAGGCCACUUCUGCAGCCUGCCCUUCCUGCAGAUACUAGACCUCAGUGGUUGCCAACUGACCUCCAUGGAGGCUGGAGCUCUGCAGGGUUUACCAAGGUUAGGGAAGCUGUUUCUGGGGCACAACAUACUGCAAGCCCCCCUGUCUGUUUCUGCUCAAACUAUAUCCUUCCUGGAUCUCCAUGGGAACCAAGAGCUUGACCAUGGCUCUGAUGAUUCGUCGACAGGAAUCAGAAGACCAUUCCAUAGGAAACUGUUAACAGAGGUCAUUGAACUUCCCAGCCCAACUCCAGCUAACUCAAUGACUACAACUAAUGGCAGUGAGGAUGGUGGUCAGAGCCGUUUAUCCAAAAGCUGGCAGUACCUGGUAGCAGUACUGGUGACGGCCAUCUCCCUCUCCCUCCUCAUCGCUGUCCUGGCCAAAUGCCAGCUGGUCCGCCGCUACCUGGCCAGUUACCGUCACACCCGGCUGAUCGAGGGGGACACAGCCAGCCAGUGUGACCCCAACAGCCUGGAGGUAGGCUUCUCCAUGCAUAACCAUGGGGGACAGGCACGGAGCACCCACCCUGCUGCUGUCCCCCAGGGAGAGAUGGACAUGGAGGAUGAGGAGGAUGAUGAUGAUGAUGGCUUCAUAGAGGAUAACUACAUACAAGCCAGCGAGAGGGAGAGGGCUAAGAGGGCACUGGAACUGCAGGAAGAGGAGGAUGACAUGGUAUUUUCCAUUGGCUAGAAGACGUGGAAUGGGAGGGGAGAGAGAGAUGGGCAGACAGACAUACAUACAGAGAGAGACAGAAAGAGAGAGAGAGAGGUCACUGUAGCCAAUUUGGACACUGAUUAGGGCCAAUGCCGAUAUUAAAUAUAUGCAUGUCUAUCUCCAUCAUCUUGGGAUGGAAAAAAACAGUCACAGAUGAAUACAAAACUGACAAUAGCAAUCUCUCUCAGAACAGAGCCAACUCAAUGUAGCUUUGCAAUAGGGUACCUGUGGAUGUGUGUCUUUCAUUGGAUUUCCAAGCAGGGUUGACUGUUUGUAUGGACUUGAAAUACAAAUAUGUUGGAAAAUGAUUAUACAAAGUGGAUCAAAUAAUCAAUCCAUUUGUUUUGAUUUUGCUUUUUUGAGUUCUGGCAUAAUUUGUUUUUUGUGUGUGCUUGCACUCCACUUUGUUACAUUUGUAGAUCAAAUAAACGUUUUUAACUUCAGUAGCACACUUCUGUAGAAAAAGCCAUCACAUUAUUUUGAAACACAGGUAUGCAUCGAUCUAUAAUAAGGUAUAACAAUGUUUUAUAUAGUACAAUAGACAAACACUCCUGGUAGUAGUUUAGAAGAAGAACAGAAGAUAAUCGAUACCGUGGUAUGUAAACCCAUUCAUUGAAGUAGCGACUCUCGCACAGAAUGACUGUCCACAGUGUGGGUUGGUUUUGCCUGCUCUGUUGGGUUGAAAGCUGCUCGACAGGUCUGACGACGAAAUACUACCCGGAAAAGAGCGAGAGAGGACGUUCACUGAAUAUAAUGUUGUAAGGGAUAUUGAACGUGAAACAUCAGUAUAUUGUCCGGUAUUAGUUUAUCAGGAUGUCGGCGUCUGCUAUAUUCAUUCUGGAUCUUAAAGGCAAGGUGUUGAUAAGUCGUAACUACAUGGGAAACAUGGACAUGAAUGAGAUCGACCAUUUCAUGCCUAUAAUGAUGAGGAUGGAGGAGGACGCAGACACGUCGCCCCUGGUGACCAGCGGCUCCUCACACUUCCUGUGGAUCAAACACAGCAACCUCUACCUGGUGGCAAUGACCAAGAAGAAUGCCAAUGCUGCUCUGGUAUACUCCUUCCUCUACAAAAUAGUACAGGUGUUUAAGGAGUACUUUAAGGAGCUGGAGGAGGAGAGUAUCCGUGACAACUUUGUGAUCGUGUAUGAGCUGAUGGACGAGGUCAUGGACUUUGGCUUUCCCCAGACCACAGACAGCAAGAUCCUGCAAGAGUACAUCACCCAGCAGGGUCACAAACUGGAUGUGGGCGCCCCUCGCCCCCCCGCCACCGUCACCAAUGCAGUGUCCUGGAGGUCAGAGGGCAUCAAGUACAGGAAGAACGAGGUGUUCAUGGACGUCAUUGAGUCCGUUAACCUGCUGGUAAGUGCGACCGGCAGUGUCCUGCGUAGUGAGAUCAUGGGCAGCAUCAAGCUCAAAGUGGUUCUGUCUGGAAUGCCAGAGCUCAGACUGGGCCUCAACGACAAAGUGCUCUUCGAGAUCACAGGAAGAGAGAAGAGUAAGACGGUAGAGCUGGAGGAUGUCCAGUUCCAUCAGUGUGUCCGUCUGUCUCGCUUCGAGAACGAUCGAACCAUCUCCUUCAUCCCCCCGGACGGAGAGAGUGAGCUCAUGUCCUACCGCCUCAACACCACGGUGAAGCCUCUUAUAUGGAUCGAGAGUGUGAUUGAGAAGUUCUCCCACAGCCGAGUUGAGAUCAAGGUUAAGGCCAAGAGUCAGUUUAAGAGCCGCUCCACUGCCAACAACGUAGCCAUCAUGGUACCCGUGCCCAGCGACGCCGACUCGCCUAAAUUCAAGACGAGCACAGGCAGCUGCAAGUAUCUUCCCGAGAAGAGCGUGGUGCAGUGGAACAUCAAGUCCUUCCCUGGAGGCAAGGAGUACAUGAUGAGGGCUCACUUUGGGCUGCCUAGUGUGGAGAGUGAUGAGUUGGAGGGGAAGAGGCCCAUCACUGUCAACUUUGAGAUCCCCUAUUUCACUGUAUCUGGUAUCCAGGUACGCUAUCUUAAGAUCAUUGAGAAGAGCGGCUAUCAGGCGUUACCAUGGGUACGCUACAUAACACAGAGUGGAGAUUACCAACUUCGGACAAACUAAGGACAAGCCUGCUGCCAGACGAAUGGAUCUUCACUCCCUCCCCCUUUCUCUCUCUCUGGCUCUGGCUCCCUGGGAGUGAGGGACAGCAGAGGACAAGGAAAGGGUAACAAUUUUCACCAUUCUCCAAAAGGACCAGGCAGCCAUCAUGCCCCUGAUCUGCACACAUUGAGUACCCAAAAGACUCUGUGGCGAUCUCAAUUGCAUACCCCUUGCGUCCUCUCUCCUCGUCUCCUUCUCAAAACCCAUUGGAUGAGAAAGCCAGAGGUCCCACCCCUCUGACCAUCUCCUCCAAUGGGUUUUGAGAAGGAGACGAGGAGAGACGACGCGAGGGGUAUGCAAUUGAGACCUUCCCAUAGUCUCCCUUCAGAAGUCGACUGAUGUGUCACCUUUGACAAAGUUUUACAGCAUCUGGAGACAUGUUUUCUCAGUUUAUAGAGUAAUGAAUGUAGGGUUUUUCUAUUGGUCUUGUUGUAAAAAUUGUAUAGUUUGUUUAUUCUCAAGGCAUAGUGUAUUUUAUUUACCGUAAGAAUUCAAGGUGUGAGACAUGGUUGAAAGUCUGUGAACAUUGAAACGUGGCUUUUAUACAGCACUGAUAUAAACUUGUAUCUGGUGGGUGUGGUUAUCAGUUGAUGUUAUCUAGGGUCAGUUCUGUAACAGCAUUCAGUCUCAUGAAAUGAACACCGAGCUGGUCAGAUCAAUGAUUACUAAAAAAUACAAAAUAAACAAUAUUGCCAUCGGUCGCCAUCUUUGUAUUGCACUCAGUUUACAACUAUAUGGAAAAGACUGAAGGAAUUAUUUUUCUUUUAGGUUUACUGACAAGGAAGUAGUUUUGUCUAUCUGGCGGUACAGAUAACUUGAGGAAAAUACACAAAAGAAAGAAAUAAACCUCCAGAAAUACAGGUGGAUCAGUAUGAACAAGACCUUGCCUGGCUAUUGUAUGCCAAAAUGUGUUAAAAUUAGUGUUUUUAUAUUUAUUUAUUUUUCUCCAUAAAAAAUAAACCACCCAACUUUUCCAAAGCAGGUGUUGGUUGGUAUAGUUACUGUAGUCUGUUGGGCACCAACCCCUCAUUUCAGCCUUGGGUCUCUGCCAGAGGAAUAGAGUUGAAAGGUUCAGCCCAGACUAGACGCUAGAGUCAAUUUGUUAUGUGCAUGAGUUUGCGGUGUGUAGGCCUACUGUAUGAAAUCCCAUAUUACACUUUCCUUGUAAAAUAGUUGUUUGAGGAACAGAACAAAUAUGAAGAUUUUCUUUCAGAUAUUCUCUCCAGUGGGGUUUUAAUGAUUAGUACAUGUGUUUUUCAAUCUCUCAAUAUCUUAUUUAUUAACCGUAUGUAAGUCAAUGGGAUACAAUGGGAUGUAUACAUAAAUAAAUGACUUUGUACCUUC